AUGAUCGCCUUCGACUCCGGCAAUCGCCUCGACUGGCACUACAUCCCGCGCAGCCGUUCGGGCCUGGCCCUGGGCGAGAUGCGGCCCAACCAGGCCGAAGCGGCCCGCGCGCUCUUCGCCUCGGUGCUGAACCAGCGAGGCCUCGAACUGCUGGACGGCGUCCGCCUGCUGGAGGGCGUCCUGCGCGAGCAGCAGGGCAGCUUCCGCGAUCCCGGCCGCUACUACGUCUCGGUGUUCGGCACCCCUGGCCGCUUCCCCUGGGGCUGGCGCUUCGAGGGCCAUCACCUCUCGCUGAACGUGACGUUGCCAUCGGCCGGCCAUGUCGCCGUGACGCCGUUCUUCACCGGCGCCCAUCCCGCGACGGUGCGCGAGGGACCCAAUGCCGGCUUCCGCUUGCUCGGCGCCUCCGAGGAUCUCGCGCGUCAACUCAUGGCGGGCCUCGAAGACCAGCAGCGCCGCACCGCGACCAUCGCCAACCGCUCCCCAAGGGGCUCCUGCUGGGGGAAAUGA